CUAGAAUCCAGUUCGACGAGCUCUGCUUGGAUUCCUAACUCCUGGAUUGCUGCAUUGGCCGGAGUUUCCUACUCCAGAUUCAGACGUUACGCAUUCAAUGCGUACGCCAUUCAGGCAUAACGUCUGUCUGAUCAUCAUAAGAUGGCAAUCAGCCGUCUGUAUCCAGGCCCAUUUCCCAUGCAUCACAUUUGAAACGCUGAAUUAAUCCCGUUAGGGCAGUUCUCUCAUACAACUCUUAGGGUUGUUCUCCGUACCCACACGAAUGCGACAGUGACCAUAUAUUACCUCGCCGUUCCUCCGCCCUUUUCAUUACGACCGUUGGCUCCCUGACUAGCGAUUAGGGAGUGCGGAUAGUUUUUAAGGCCGUUUUAAGAGUUCCGCGGCUGCUAAUAUGGCUGAUUACCAAAGCAUUCUGUCAGACCUGCACGCCAGAAGCGAGCCAGCUCUCGAACUCCAUACGCACUAUAAGCAAGGCUGUCUUUCAUUCUCUACGUACAAUAAGCGAGCAGGUCGUCAGCACCGUCCGUCCAUACGUCAUCCCCUUCGUCGUCAUCCUCGCUAUAGUCAUCCCCAUUAACCUGGCUUUUCAGUCGCCUCCCGGUCUGCUUUCCAGCUCCUGGAGCAGCAGUGGAGGUUCGGAAGCGUCGGUUUCGUACCAGCCGCCUAGCCUGGGAUGGGCUGCAUUCCUCUUCCCCAGCAUGAGCGGCAUUGACGUGGCGAUGUGCCGCGCGGAGGCGAAUUACUGGGAGAACCGAGUCCUGAGGCGCAAGGCGUGCAACGGCACGCUGCAACCAGUGCCUGCCUCAAUGACUGACGUCACCAUGAAGCUGCUCGUGCUCCUCCCCACUUACCCGUGCCCUGUGGACGAACGCAUUGGGGAAUGGGGGACGGCGGGAAGCAUUGGAAGCUAUGGCCAGUACUCGUUUGAAGACUCAAUUUACAAGUUAAUGAACGUGAAGCCAUACACCUUCGACCCCUUCCUCUCCCCCGGAAAGCUCGCCAUCAUGAAAAACGUCUCCAUCCUCCACUUCAACGAAAUCGGCCUCUCUGCAGGCAUGUCGCUUAAUCCUACAACAAGAGGUUUCCCAAGCUCAAAUUCAUGACCUUGAAACAAAUAAUGCAAAUGCUGAACCACACCUACGUGGACGUGUUCAAGAUUGACUGCGAGGGCUGUGAGGAGGCGCUGCUGACGGAGCUUGGGGCGGCAAAUAACAACGCGGCUGCGCAGCUCACCAUUCACGGGGGGACGCUGCCUUUUGGGCAGAUCCUCAUCGAGUUCCACAAAAUGCACCUGCCCCUGGUCAUCCUGCCGCUCUUCUACACCUUGGAAAAUCUGGGUUACUGCAUGUUCAGCAUUGAGUACAAUCCACAGUGCCCGCACUGCUGUGAGAUGAGCUUCAUUCACGAGAGCCUUGUGCGGCCAAGCAGCGAGAAAGACUGCCGGCCGUUUAUGUUUUUGGAAACGCUUGCAAAGAAGGAAGUUGCAGCCGCUGUGUUGCAGGAGAAGCUGGGUGUAAAUGGUGACUCGGGUGGAGUGAAUGGAGCAGGUUCAGUGAAUUUGACCGUAGCAACCCCAUAAAAUACUUCUAGACUGAAUGAAUACACUGGAAUUCCCCAG